AUGUGGACGAAGGCAGUGACCUAUGAUGAUGUGCAUAUCAACUUCACUUGGGAAGAGUGGAAUUUGCUGGAUCCUUCCCAGAAGAAUCUGUACAAAGAUGUGAUGCUGGAGACCUACAGGAACCUCACUAUUAUAGGAUACAUUUGGGAAGAACAUAAUAGUAAAAAACAUUGUCAACUUUCUAGAAGACAUGAAAGGAUUAAAAGAAAUAAUUCUGGAAAGAAACUUUCAGUACAUCCUCAAUGUUUUAAAGCCUUGGCAUAUGAUAGUCAGGUUCAGAGGAAUAAAAGAACACAUGAUAGUGAGAAAUCCUAUGAAUCUAAUCAGUGUUGUAAAGCCUUUGCUAAUCACAAUUCUUUUCAAAUGCACAAAAGAACACAAACUGAAGAGAAACCCUGUGGAUGUAAUCAGUGUGGUAAGGCCUUUGCAUAUCACAGUGAUCUUCAAAGGCAUAAAAGAACACAUACUGGAGAGAAACCCUAUGAAUGUAAUCAGUGUUGUAAGGCCUUUGCUCGACACAGUCAUCUUCAAAUACAUGAAAGAACACAUACUGGAGAGAAACCCUUUGAAUGUAAUCACUGUGGUAAGGCCUUUGCUCAACACAGUCUUCUUCAAAAGCAUAAGAGAACACAUACUGGAGAGAAACCCUAUGAAUGUAAUCAGUGUGGUAAGGCCUUUGUUCAACACAGUAAUCUUCAAACACAUGAAAGAACACAUACUGGAGAGAAACCUUUUGAAUGUAAUCAGUGUGGUAAGGCCUUUGCUCAACACAGUAAUCUUCAAUUGCAUAAAAGAACACACACUGGAGAGAAACCCUAUGAAUGUAGUCAGUGUGGUAAGACCUUUUCUCAACAUAGUAGUCUUCAAAAGCAUAAAAGAACACACACUGGAGAUAAACCCUAUGAAUGUAAUCAAUGUGGUAAGGCCUUUGCUCAACACAGUCAUCUUCAAAACCAUAAAAGAACACAUACUGGAGAGAAACCCUAUGAAUGUAAUCAAUGUGGUAAGGCCUUUGCUCAACACAGUCAUCUUCAAGUACAUGAAAGAACACAUACUGGAGAGAAACCCUUUGAAUGUAAUCAGUGUGGUAAGGCCUUUGCAUGUCACAGAAAUCUUCAAAAGCAUAAAAGAGUACAUACUGGAGAUAAACCAUAUGAAUGUAAUCAGUGUGGUAAGGCCUUUGGACAGCUUCAUACUCUUCAGUUGCAUGAAAGAACACAUACUGGUGAGAAACCUUAUGAAUGUAUUCAGUGUGGUAAGGCCUUUGCUCAACACAGUCAUCUUCAAAUACAUGAAAGAACACACACUGGAGAGAAACCCUAUGAAUGUAAUCACUGUGGUAAAUCCUUUGCGCAACAGGGUACUCUUCAAAUACAUGAAAGAAUACACACUGGAGAGAAACCCUAUGAAUGUAAUCAGUGUGGUAAAGCUUUUGCACAAUACCGUUGUCUUCAAUCGCAUAAAAGAACACACACUGGAGAGAAACCUUAUGAAUGUAAUCAGUGUGGUAAGGCAUUUGGACAUCCCCAUACUCUUCAAUUGCAUAAAAGAACACAUACUGGAGAGAAACCCUAUGUAUGUAGUCAGUGUGUUAAGGCCUUUGCUCGACACAGUCAUCUUCAAAAGCACAAAAGAACACAUACUGGAGAGAAACCCUAUGAAUGUAAUCAGUGCGGUAAGGCCUUUGCAUAUAACAGUGAUCUUCAAAGGCAUAAAAGAACACAUACUGGAGAGAAACCCUAUGAAUGUAAUCAGUGUUGUAAGGCCUUUGCUCGACACAGUCAUCUUCAAAUACAUGAAAGAACACAUACUGGAGAGAAACCCUUUGAAUGUAAUGACUGUGGUAAGGCCUUUGCUCAACACAGUCAUCUUCAAAACCAUAAAAGAAGACAUACUGGAGAGAAACUAUAUGAAUGUAAUCAGUGUGGUAAGGCCUUUGGACAGCUUCAUACUCUUCAAUUGCAUGAAAGAACACAUGCUGGUGAGAAACCCUAUGAAUGUAGUCAGUGUGGUAAGGCCUUUGCUCAACACAAUGCUCUUCAAAAGCAUCAAAGAACACACAUCGGUGCAAAACAGUAUGCAUGA